GCAACCUCCAAGGGGGACGAUACAUCUGGCGCGCGUUCUGAGUGUGUUCUCACCGGCAUUAUCUUAGCUGAGUGCACUGCAACGUCACGCCCUACUUUAGACUUUCAGAUGGAAGCCAUAUGGGUUACAAUCGUCGUAUUUCUGCUCAUAGUGACGUCACAUACGAAAAAUUCCAGUGAUUUUGUCCCUAUUCAUGAACGGGAAGGAGUUACACUCGGCCAGAGUGUCCCUACUGGUCUACACGUUAAACAAAAUUUGAACACCGAGCACUUAAAAGCUAAACUUAUGGAUGUGAUGUCUAACACUUCCAACAUAAUUUCAGGUGAAGCUGUGAAACCUGCCAUAAGUGUGUCGACAUAUUCAGGAGAGGAUAACUUGAAUGAGCCAGACACUCAAUCAGUCAUACGGUUUCGUUCAUAUGACGAAUUAAAAAAAGACUUCCAGAAAAUAAACAUGAAUGUUAAGACAGAUUCCGAAAUUAUAAAUGAUAUAAUGGCUGAAAUAAAACAGGAUAAUUCCUCAGAUGAACGAUUAGCGGUACUUUUGGAAGAUCUGUCAUAUUACCUGCACCAGAUUGACAAUGCGAAGAUUUUUUCUACAAAUGGUUUCGAAACACUUUCAAGGCUUUUACACCACCCCAGUUAUGAGGUUAAAAAAGCUUCUUUGAGAGCCAUUAGCGCUGCUACUCAAGGGAUUCCUGAUGUUCAGGUAGUCGCACUUCAAAAUGGUGUGGUUGACCAACUACAUUCUUUUUUGAUAGCAAACAUGGAUGAGCAAGAUUCAUUGGAAUUCACUACGUUACUAUCAGGAGGAGUGUCAACAUUAGGUGCGUUGCUACGUAACUUCCCAAUCGCUCAAAAACAGUUCUUUUCAACUUCAGUAAUAUCGCCAUCUGGUUUCGAGCUGCUUGCACAACUUAGUCGUCUAAACACUUCAAAUGGUAUUCGAGGCUUACGAGUUCGAAUCCUGACUCUUUUGACAGAUCUUUACAGUGAACGGGUAUGUUCAUUUUUGUGUCUAAAUUGUAUACAUAUGUCAUUACGAGUGAUAUAUUGUUUAAUACUUCGAAUUUACGUACCAGUUGACGUAUUAUCAUGGUUUCCUAAGAAAACAACUAUGUUAGAGAAUUGCAUAAAUGCGUAAAUCUAAUAUGAUUAGGAAUGAGAGGUUUGAUACUGUAAUUAACCUUCACCUUUUAGCGUUCAGCCUCAUUCAUAAACUGCCUAAUAGUGGUGGGAGUAGUCAUCUUACUGUCUAGUGCAAUUUGCUAAGUGGUUUCUAUUGGAAUAUAGUCAGGUUUUUGCCACAUCAAGUCCUCACCAUUGUGAAUAAACCUCGUCAAUUUCUUUUUAUCCACGUACAUCUUGAUUCCCAAAUAGCUUUUGGGGAAGACCCCACAAAAACAAAAAUGGAUGUAUGGAAUAUAUAUGCUAGUAUCCCUUUCGAAGAAAACUUUCUAAUGUAUGGAUUUUGCGAAACACUACAUAUUUCUUUACUUCAAGAUGUUCAAAGGGGUGUCGGAUAUAACGACUUAAGUGCACAAGUAAAUCAUGAUAUACGUGAAAAGGUUAUAACAGCGUGCUUAAAGUUUUUCAACGUAUGUGAUUGGAAAUCAUUCAAUUUUUCAAACAAACAAUAUAUUCUAAGCUUAUUGGACUCAAUCAUACACGAGUACAAACUGCGCUCGGAAAGUGAGACAGAUGACACUGAUUCUUAUUUCACUGAUAUGCUACUUAAAGCUCAAAAGUUCAGAAAUAUGUUGGAACCUUAUGAAUUGCCGAAAACUGACCUAUGAUUCCCUAACGAGCUUCUAUAACGCAACAGCUACAUACGAUGUACAUACCUGCUUUGAUAUUACAUAUUUUUGCUUUGAAGUUCCCUGUAUUUUGAAACUUAAAUCCAUUUUUCAUUUAAGUACAUUUCUGAUAUUUGUAAAACAUUGUGCUGAUUACUUGAAAAAUAUCCCACUCACAACUUUCCUA